AUGAACCUCGGGAUCGCGACUCUUGUAUCUCUCGCUUUGUUACUCGGUGCCUGGGUGGAGGCACAGUACGUCGCGACGGACCACAUUCGCGUGUUCCUCUUCGGCCAAACAGCAUACUUCUCCGAGGUUGCAGUCGAUCUGCACAACAAUACAUGCCUGAGUCUGGACAACAACAUGAUAGAUGGCAAGGUGCACAGUGUACUUGUUGGUGGACACGACAUUUGGGACGUCUAUAAGAGGGACGAUGAGUGGUACUGCAUACUUUACGAUAACUUCGACUGCACAGGCUCGGAAGACGCGAUGAUAACAGUCGCUGGUGGAACCAACAAUCUUGGAACAGUUGGAUGGGCACAAAGGGUCCAUGGUAUCCGGUGCAUCAACGACGACUGA